AUUUCGUGGAGAGCGAAGAUGGAGAAGAUGCCGUCGCCCAGCCACAUGAACGGCAUGAACGGCGUGCCGACGGAAAAGGACAAAGCUGUCAGGCACCACCCCCCCCCGCCAGCCUUCGACCUGCUGCUGGGCGUCCUGUGCGUGGCGGGCAUCUACGUGUCAUACAGCAUCUUCAGCGUCUUCCAGGAGAAGAUCUACACCAUCAGGGACGCUCACUCGGGACACAAGUUCAAGUACGGCGUCUUCCUCGUCUCCUGCAUCGCCUUCUGCGCCUUCAUCGUGGGCGCCAGCGGGCUGCUCAUCGAGAAGAGGCUCAACUUGGCACAGAUCCGGCGCAAGAUCAACCAGGAGACCGUCACGAACUUCGCGCUGAUCUCGCUGACGUAUGUGGGGGCGAUGCUGUCGAGCAACUACGCGCUGCAGCAUGUCAACUACCCGACUCAGGUGCUGGUCAAGAGUGCCAAGAUGGUGCCGGUGGUGGUGGGCGGCUUUCUGCUCUUCCGCAAGACCUACCCUUGGUAUGACUACCUCAGCGUCUUCCUCGUGACGACGUCGCUCAUCUGCUUCAACCUCUUCAAGGAGGGCGCCAAGAAGCACGCCGUCUCGACCUUCAUGGGCGUGGCGCUGUGCUUUGUGUCGCUCCUGUGCGACGGGCUGACGGGGCCGCGGCAAGACCACCUGAUGAAGAAGUACCACGUGACGAAGUUCGAGCACAUGACCUUCACCAACCUGUUUGCCCUCGUCUGGACGGCCCUCUUCAUGUUUGUCCUCGAGGGCGUGGCGCCCGUCACUUUCUGCAUCAACAACCCCUCGGCAGUGUGGGCCGUCUUGCUGUGCGCAUCCUGCUCUGCGCUCGGGCAGAUCUUCAUCUUCUUGAGUCUGACGUCCUUCGGGGCUCUCUAUCUGUCGCUCAUGACGACCACCCGGAAGUUUUUCACCAUCCUGCUGUCGGUGGUGCUCUACGGCCACCACCUUAACGCUAUCCAGUGGACCAGCGUGUUCGUCAUCUUUGCCGGCAUAUUCCUGCAGACCUACUGCAAGAAUGGCGACAAUAACAAGCGGACAAAGCAACACGGCAAGGAGGCGGAAAUGAGUGGCAAGAUCACCGCAGCAGAGGAGAAAGAGGGCAAGAACAGCUAGCCGAAUAGAGAGAGAGGUAGCUGACGGACAGUAGAGAGAGAUGCGAUUGACUGAGUGAACGAGUGCGUCUGCCCGACGGACGAAUGGCGCGUAGGGAAGGUUUCGAUAUGCUUUCCGUUCCCCAGUCUGUGUGAGUGUCUCUCCGUUUAUGAGUGGGGGGGAUCCUUGUGCGUAGUGAGGUUUUCCAUACGUGUGCAUCAUGAGCCCCAAAGACUCCGAACCGUUUGGGCCCAUGAGGAUUGAUUAAUUAAUUCAUGUGACUACA